AUGAGAAACCAUACAAUGACUACAGAGUUUGUUCUCUUGGGCAUCUCAGAUGACCCAAAGCUUCAGGUUAACAUCUUUAUCUUUUUGUUUAUGGCUUAUGUAUUAAAUGUCACCAGAAACCUAACCACCAUUCAGAAUGUCACCUUGACAAAAUGUCAUCUCAAGAUUACUAUGUAUUACUUCUUGAGGAAUUUCUGCUUCUUAGAAAUUACAUUCACCAGUGUGUCUAUCCCCAGAUUUGGGGGGACGAUCAUUAAAAGUCAAGACAUUGCCUAUAACAAUUGUUUAGCUCAGCUAUUUUACUUCACCUUCAUGGGUAUGUCAGAGAUUUUUCUUCUCAGGGCCACGUCUUUUGAUCACUACAUUGCCAUCUGCAGGCCUCUUCAUUUCACCACCAUCAUGAACAGAAAACUCUGCACCUGGCUUGUGCUCUGUGCGUGGCUGGGAGGGUUCCUGACCAUUUUCCCACCCCUCAUGCUUCUGCUCCAGCUGGAUUACUGUGCUUCCAAUGUCAUUGAUCACUUUGCAUGUGACUAUUUUCCCCUUUUACGACUGUCUUGUUCAGAUACAUGGUUUCUAGAAGUCAUCGGUUUUUACUUUGCGUUGGUUGCUUUGCUAUUCACUCUGGCAUUGGUGAUUUUAUCUUACAUGUAUAUUAUCAGAACUAUUUUGAGAAUCCCAUCUGCCAGUCAGAGAAAAAAGGCUUUCUCCACAUGUUCCUCUCAUAUGAUUGUCAUCUCCAUCUCUUAUGGAAGCUGUAUAUUUAUGUACGCUAAUCCCUCUGCAAAAGAAAGGGCAUCAUUGACCAAGGGAGUAGCUAUUCUCAAUACCUCUGUUGCCCCCAUGCUGAACCCCUUCAUUUACACUCUGAGAAACCAGCAAGUGAAGCAAGCCUUCAAAGAUGUGGUCCAUAAAGUAGUAUUUUCUUCAAAUAAAUGA